UAAGAGGAUAAAAGAUUGGUCAAUAACUGGUAGUGAAUUCAAGAAGAGAAUGCAGAAACUAGACAAAAUCAGGCAUCCAAAUGUGUUGCCUGCUGUUGCCUUUUAUUCUUCUAGACAAGAGAAGCUUUUGGUCUAUGAGUACCAAGACAAUGGCAGUCUUCUCCUACUUCUACAAGGAAUCCAGACAGGCCAAAGAUUUCAUUGGAGUAGUAGACUUUCUAUAGCAGCAGGUAUCGCCGAUGCUUUAGCUUUCAUGCAUCAGGAGCUUCAACAUGACAGAAUUGCACAUGGAAACUUGAAAUCAUCAAACAUUUUCUUGACCAACAACAUGGAGCCAAUUAUCGGCGAAUAUGGCCUUAUGAGCACUGCAGAAAUCAAUACUACUACAGCAAGCAAUUCCCAUAAUGUCUUCCCUAUAACUGAUGAAAAUGUAGGAGCAAUCUUUAAAGAAGAUGUUUAUGCAUUUGGUGUCAUUCUUUUGGAGUUGCUAACAGGGAAAGUGCAAAACAAUGGAAUAGAACUUGCAAGUUGGGUUGUUUCUGUGCUAAGAGAAGAAUGGACAGUUGAAGUGUUUGACAGAACUUUGAUACAAGAAGGUGCUAGUGAAGAAAGGAUGGUUAAUUUGUUACAAGUUGCUGUUAAAUGUGUGAACCAUUCUCAUGAGGCUAGGCCUAGUAUAAACCAAGUUGCUCUCAUGGUUACUACUAUACGAGACGAGGAUGACAGGUCCAUCGAUGUUUCUGCAAGUACUAGUACUAUCAUCUGAUCAGAACUCAAUGUUUCAAACUGUUCAUCAUUUU